AUGCUAUUUGAUGCUAUGGUUGGUCACGACCAAACCCAUAGCCAAAAAGUGGUGGAUUUAGCCAGUAUCAACGAAAUUCCCGGAGACAUGCCUGCUCCGUCCAAGGAGAAGAAACAGGAGGCCAACGGCCAAACCACCAAUGGGAACAUCCCACCUCCCAAGACAGACAAGCCUCGGCCCCAUGUCUGCACCACCUGCAGUCGCUCAUUUGCGCGAUUGGAGCAUUUGAAGCGCCAUGAACGUUCGCACACCAAGGAGAAGCCCUUCGAGUGUCCCGAUUGCGCCCGGUGCUUUGCGCGCCGUGACUUGCUGCUUCGACACCAGCAGAAAUUGCACAUGACGACAACCCCAUCCUCUCGUCCGAGAAAUGGUCGUCGUGAGAGCACUGGCGCAGCAGCCCCGGGCGGCGCUAAUCGAGUUCGUAAGAACUCCAUCGCUAACAACUCCUCCACAUCUUCCAUGCGUCCCAGAGCCAACACGAUCAGUCACAUUGAUGGCGCCGCAUUGGGAAUUGCUAACUCAAGCAACCCAUCCUCUGCACCAAGCAUCUCAGGUCAUGCGUAUCAUCCCAGUUUGGGGUCCCUUCCUUCACACAUGGAUUACCGCGGUUUCAGCUCUGGUCAGCCCCAUCAGAACGGUCUGCCCAAGAUUGAAACUUCAGGGUUACCCAUUGAUAUGUCGGGGGGAUUGCGGACAGCUCCCGUCUACGGGAGCUUUGAUUUGGGCAUCGACGGUAUGCUGAUGGGUCAUGGAAGCACAAUAAAUCCAGCGCAAUUACACUUCGCAGGUUCCCCCCAGGGCUUUGGUGAUUCCCCCUCUUCCCCGUUUGGCCAUCAUCCCCACGGCAUGCAUCCGGCCACGGACCCCAUGAUGGAUGAUGAAAUGAACUUUGACUGGAUGAACGGAUUCGAUACAGCCGUGGCACUAGGGAAUGGAAAUGACUCGGUCAUCGACGAGUCUUCGCCGUCGGCCAUGAGUACGGGUAGUCAGAGCGGCAUCAGCGAGGCCAUGCUAGAUGGCCCUAACCGCAUUCCCAUCUCCAAUGGCUGGCACAACCCGUUCCAUACUCACACCUCGGCUUCGGCCAACCAGUUCGCGACAAUCGACUUUUCACCCACUACUUUAAACGACUUGGGGAUCCCACCAGAGACCGUAUCGCCCAAGGCACUGAUGGCCCAGAACCCGUUUGGUGAAACCUAUGCUACCCCUCCAUCAAUGACCUCGGUCGGCCAGUCCAUCUUGGGAGGACAUUCGCAGAGUAUGUUAUCAUCCUCUAUGGCAACAAGCGGAGAAUCUCCUAAUCCUCUCAACGUUCCUUUCCCGAAUAGUGCCCUACGAAGUCAGCAACUUUCCCCACUCUCAACGGAUACAUUUACAGACUCCACACGACAGGCUCUAUUAGCGAGCAUGUCGCAACCCACUGGCUUCAAUCACCGCAAGUAUUCUCAACCCGCAAGUGGACUCCUAAACAGCCGAGAACUAUUCGCCCGCUCAACUGGCUUCAACAGCUCUGGUCAACUACCUAGCACCUCCGAUCUGCAACGAUAUAUCUCAGCCUACUUGAAUUACUUUCACCCCCACAUGCCAUUUCUUCACACGCCAACCCUCAACUUCCAGGCCCCCGAGUAUACCAAUAAUCUGCGCACGCCAAGCGGACACCUAAAUUUAAGUUCCACUGGGGUUUCAGGUGGAGGAGGUUGUUUAAUCCUCUCGAUGGCUGCCAUCGGAGCACUAUACGAACAUGACCCAGCGGCCUCUAAGGAGCUAUUUGAGGCCGCAAAGAAGAUGAUUCAGCUGUACCUGGAAGAGCGCAGAAAGGCCGACAUGUCUGCCGCCCUGAGCCGUUCAAAUACAGGCCGCGACAACUCGGUUCACACCACGCCGCUGUGGUUAGUACAAGCGAUGCUAUUGAAUGUGAUAUAUGGCCACACUUGUGGGGAUAAAACAUCUGCAGAUAUCGCUAGUACACACUGCGCGGCGUUGGUUAGUCUGGCUCGUGCAGCUGAACUCACACACCACUUGGACCCAAAACAUCUACCUCAAGACCAUCUUACAGCUGGAAUCAACCAGUCGGACGAUACUGAAAACUGGACGUCUUCAUCAUUUAGCCAGCCCAAAGAAAGACGGGACUGGCUGAAUUGGAAGGUGGUCGAAGAGCGGAAGCGCACUCUUUACGCAAUAUUUGUUCUUUCCAGCUUCCUUGUGUCAGCAUAUAAUCACGCGCCAGCUUUGACCAAUUCCGAGAUUCGACUUGACCUGCCCUGUGAAGAAGACCUCUGGGCUGCUGAGUCCCCACAGGCAUGGAAAAAGAUGGGAGGCCAGACUGCCUCCAAGAAAAGUGUCUUGUUUUCAGCUGCCUUGACAUCACUCCUCACAGCCAGCCAACGGCAGCAACAAAACCAGUCACAGAAUCUCUUCUUCAGCGGUGGCAGCACAGAUGAUCCACUGAACGCGGAAAACCGACCUAGCACAUUCGGCUGUCUUGCUCUCAUAUAUUCACUACACAAUUAUAUUUGGGAAACUCGACAACGGCAUAUGGGCCGGCAAUGGACUGCACAGGAGACUGAGGCAAUGCAAUCACACAUUGAACCUGCCCUACGAGCGUGGCAGGCAGCUUGGGCAAGCAACCCAGUUCAUAGCCUAGAACGCCCUAAUCCUUUUGGUGCUGGGCCACUCUCCGCAGAUAGCAUUCCGUUACUGGAUUUGGCAUAUGUUCGACUCUUUGUCAAUCUCGGUCGAACAAAAGAGGCAUUCUGGCAACGAGACUGGAACGGCAUGGCGGACGAGCUGGCUCGUGGUGGUGAGGUUUUCCAACAAAUCGACACACUCAUGGACGACGUAGUAGACCCAUCCCUUACUGGGUCACUCGAUGGCCGACGUGAAUCCAUCAAUGACUUGGGAGUUGCGGAUCUCGCAAUCUCGAAAACUCCAACCCAAGAAGAGCCCAUGCAAUCCUUGUCGAGUGUAUAUAACAUCGGCCAGUCUAAGCGUGAAAAGAACUUGCGGAAAGCGGCUUUUUACGCUGCCGACUCCAUUUCCAUGUCAGAUCGCUUGGGCAAUACCUUUGCCGAGUUUUCAUCCAGGGAACUCCCGAUUCAAUGCGCGAUGUGUGCCUUUGACUGCUCACAGGUGCUGGCUGAGUGGAUCACUACAGUCCAAGAACGGGUCGGGCCAUACCUUGGUAUCCUUGGUCGAGACAACAUCGAUUUAACUCAAGUGCCGGGCGUCAUGCUGCUCGAGGACGAGGAUUGCAAGCUGGUGGAUAAAAUCAAGGAGAUUCUUAAUAAUGUUGAGAUGAAGAUGCAACGGCAGGUACAGAAUAACAACUCUAUGUCUGCGUUGAGUGUCAUGCAACGUCUACCAAGUGUGGUGGAAGGAGGAUACGGAUGUAAAAUAUUGAUUGCCACGGCAAGCCUAUUGGACCGGGCUGCUGUUUGGCCAGUGACGAAACUGAUGGUCCGCUCCCUUGAAGCACAAGCUAUGCGAAUGAAGGAGCGGGCUGAGAACUCUGUUAUGAUGACCACCUAA